UUUAUUCAGACUUUGAGAACGAGUGCCGAUGUCGUCGGUAUGACCCAUGCUGUCGCAAUCUAUCAAGCAUCUCAAGCCAUUUAUGAACUCUUCGAUAAGGUCAUUGUUCUAUAUGAAGGGCGAGAAAUCUACUUUGGGUCUACAAGCGCUGCGAAGACCUACUUUGAGGAAAUGGGCUGGUACUGUCCACCCCGUUUGACUACAGGAGACUUUCUCACCACUGUCACCAAUCAUUUGACGAGAAAACCGCGACAAGGCUAUGAAGGACGUGUGCCUCGAUCUCCAGUUGACUUUGAGAAGUAUUGGCAGGCAUCUACCGAGUACAAAGCACUCCAGGAUGAGAUAGUGCAACAUGAGAGGGAAACUUCUAGCAAAGCCUCAGCUGCUGAAUUUAAAGCGUCACGUCGAGCUGUACAAGCGCGCCACAUGUGGUCAAAGUCUCCGUAUAUCGUCAACAUUCCAAUGCAACUUAGGAUCUGUACUAAACGUGCAUAUCAGCGGCUAUGGAAUGAUAAGAUUUCAACAUUGACUGUAGUGAUUGGACAAAUUAUCAUGGCUCUUGUCGUGGGCUCGGUCUUUUUUGGAACACCCAACAACACAGGCAGUUUCUUUGCAAGAGGCUCGACACUUUUCUUUGGGACCCUUCUCAGCGCACUCAUCGCUGUCACUGAGAUCAACAAUAUGUAUCAACAAAGGCCUAUUGUUGAAAAACAAGCGUCAUAUGCCUUUUGCCACCCUUUCGCCGAAGCCCUAGCAGGUUUGGUUUCAGACGCUCCCAUCAAGCUCAUAAUAACGAUAUGUUUCGAUCUCAUACUCUAUUUCCUUGCAGGACUUAGCCCGGAGCCUUCCCAGUUCUUUAUUUUUUUUCUGUUCACUCUGCUGGUCAGAUUUACUAUGUCUGCGAUGUUCCGGACAGUAGCAGCAGCAACCAAGACGAUCUCACAAGCUUUAACAAUAGCAGGUGUAUUAAUAUUAGCAAUUGUGAUCUACACUGGGUACACAAUUCCUCUACCAUAUAUGCAUCCAUGGUUCAAAUGGCUUAAUUACAUUAACCCAUUGGCAUAUGCGUUCGAGGCACUAAUGGUGAACGAAUUCCAUGGGAGAGAUUUUCCUUGUGCCAGUUUCGUGCCAUCAUAUCCAAAUCUUUCUGGUAACACUUUCAUCUGCCCAGUCACAGGCGCUGUCGCGGGACAAUUAGAUGUUUCCGGGGAUGCAUAUGUCGAAGCUAGCUUUCAGUACCACUACUCUCACAUCUGGCGGAACCUCGGAAUCUUAAUCGGGUUCUGGAUAUUCUUCGUGGCAACCUAUCUCAUUGGAACAGAACUUAACUCGUCUACAUCGAGCGCGGUCGAAGUUUUGUCUUUUCGACGAGGACAUAUGCCAAAAGACACCCUACAGACUCGUAGUGUUGACGAGAGCGUUGGCCCAGUGCCAGCAGGAGAUGUCAGUAUUAACAGUCGGAGGCAGAGAAGUGACGAUAUGUCGCAACAGAGAAGCAUUUUCUCUUGGCGUGACGUUGUCUACGACAUCCAUAUCAAGGACAAACCUCGGAGACUACUGGAUCAUGUUUCCGGAUGGGCUAGACCUGGCACGCUCACUGCAUUGAUGGGAGUGUCUGGAGCCGGAAAAACGACUCUACUAGAUGUUCUAGCUCAUCGUACCUCCUGUGGAGUCGUCACUGGAGAUAUGCUGGUCAACGGCAAAGUUUUGGAUUCGAGCUUUCAACGCAAGAUUGGCUAUGUCCAGCAACAAGAUGUCCAUCUUGAGACCGCGACAGUUCGUGAAGCUUUACGAUUUAGCGCAAUGCUCCGUCAGCCGAAAUCGGUAUCAACAAAGGAUAAAUGCAAACACGUGGAAGAGGUAAUUAGGAUGCUUGACAUGAGCGAGUUCGCUGAAGCUAUAGUUGGAAUACCAGGAGAAGGACUCAACGUGGAGCAACGGAAGCUUCUCUCAAUUGGAGUGGAAUUAGCAGCCAAACCAGCCUUGCUUCUUUUCCUAGAUGAGCCAACAAGCGGUCUGGAUUCACAGAGCUCGUUGGCUAUUGUUUCUCUCCUUCGGAAGCUUGCAGAUAAUGGACAGGCAGUCCUCGCGACAAUUCAUCAACCCAGUUCGAUAUUGUUCGAGGAAUUUGAUCAACUUCUUUUUCUUGCCAAGGGUGGCAGAACGGUAUACUUUGGUGAGAUAGGUCACAAUUCGCAAACACUUCUCGAGUACUUUAAGAAGAACGGCGCCAGAUCCUGUGGGAAAUCGGAGAAUCCCGCAGAGUAUAUUUUAGAAGUCGUUGCCGCCACAGCAAUUGGUCAAACCACACAAGACUGGCCUGAGAUCUGGCGGUCGAGCGACGAAAGCAGAAACAGAAUACUUGAACAAGACCGCAUACAUCAUGAGAUGGGUUGUGCAACUAUGGAAAACUCUAACGACGGCAACUGUGAUGAGUUUGCUGUCCCUCUAUACGUCCAACUUCGACAUACCAUUAUUAGAAUAUUACAACACUACUGGCGCUCACCUACGUAUAUCUGGGGCAAGAUCAUGCUUGGUGUAGUAUCCGCCCUCUUUAUUGGAUUCUCGUUCUUCAGGUCGAACGACUCCUUACAAGGGCUACAAAAUGUCCUAUUCAGCAUUUUUAUGCUGACCUCAAUUAUGAGCUCGCUCGUUCAACAGAUUAUGCCACGCUUUGUGCUGCAAAGAUCGCUAUAUGAGGUCGGCCACCUACAGUACCUGGGCUCUUGAUGUAGUGUAAAUUAAUGCGAUCAGGUUCGCGAGCGUCCGUCUAAAAUAUACUCCUGGAUCGCUUUCAUCCUCGCCAACAUAAUAGUCGAAAUACCCUACCAAAUCAUUCUUGGGAUUCUGGUUUUUGGGUCUUACUAUUAUCCAAUUUUUGGUAUACAAUCUUCCCAACGCCAAGGUCUCAUCCUGCUGUUCUGCAUUCAAAUCUUUCUCUUUGCUAGUACAUUCGCACAUUUAGUGAUUGUCGCAUUGCCCGACGCUCAGACUGCCGGAGCAGUUGCAACUCUUGUGUUGUCCCUAACCAUGAUUUUCAACGGGGUCUUUCAACCACCACAAGCCCUUCCGGGGUUCUGGAUCUUCAUGUAUCGUGUUAGUCCACUGACUUAUAUUGUUAGUGGUGUUGCGUCAGGUGGUCUGUCCGGCCGACCAGUGCAGUGCUCCACGAGCGAGAUCCAAGUCUUUGACCCAUCGAGUGGUCUGACUUGUGGCGCUUACCUCCAGCCUUUUUUGACUCAGGCACCCGGCCAACUACUCAAUCCAGAUGCCACCAGUCAAUGUCAGUAUUGCCCCUUGUCAACCGCAGACCAGUUUCUUGCCAUGUCUGAGAUCUCGUGGAGUACACGAUGGAGAAACUUUGGUAUUGUGUGGGCUUACAUUAUCUUCAACACGGUCAUGACGAUGGCACUUUAUUACGCCUUCAGGGUCACAAAGUGGAGUUGGGCAAGCCGACCAAAGGUCUUGCAGUGGCUGCUCAUGAAAGUAGGAUAUUAUGCCAGGGCAUUGCUGGUAGGAUACUUUGGGAAGUCUCCAGUUGAGAAAGGCGGAGAACAUCAUCUUUUUUAACAAAGUCGUUUCGAUGUUCGUCCUAACAUUAUAAUGAUUUAUUGAUUUGCUACAUAAGCUUUUUCCGGAAUCAUCAAUGUCAAAGAGCCGGUGUUUUCAUAUCACUUCCGACCUUUGGACCUCAAGCAACAAUAAAUCGAUCCUUGGAAUAAUCGUCCACUAAGUUAUAUCUUAAGGAAAGGAAUACUGGUGCAUUAGGUUCUUGGCGUACGAGAGGUUCAGGGCGAGCAUACUAGUGAAAAUUAAGCUUUGGUUUUUCACAGUUCAUCGAGGAAACUGGGUAUUUUGUUGGAGACAAUGCAAGUAUUAAUGAUACACUAUGUAAGUUACGG